UCUCUUAUCCCCUUCCCCUCCUCCUCCCAUUCCCCUCUGCCCUCCCCUCGCCCGCGGCGCCACCAUGGCCUCCUCCGUCGCGGCGUCCCUCCGCGCCCUCGCUUCCGCCAGCACCUCCGCCUCCCUCACGAAGCCCACCACCCCCACCUCCCCCUUCCUCGUCCUCCUCGCCCCGACGCCCCCGCGCCUGCUCCGCCUCCGCUCCGCCCGCCGCCUACCGCUCGCCCCACUCGCCGCCUCCGACUCCUUCGAGUCCUCCGUCGGCGUCGACUACGCGGAGCCGGCCGCCGCCGACGGGGCCGAGUCGGAGCAGGAGGAGGCGUUCGCGUCGGGGGAGGAGGAGGAGGACGCUGCCGUCGAGGAGGAGGAGGUCGGGGAGUACGUCGAGCCGCCAGAGGAGGCCAAGGUCUACGUCGGCAACCUGCCCUACGACGUCGACAGCGAGCGCCUCGCGCAGCUCUUCGAGCAGGCCGGCGUCGUCGAGGUCGCGGAGGUCAUUUACAACAGAGAAACAGAUCGGAGCCGUGGAUUUGGAUUUGUCACCAUGAGUACUGUUGAGGAGGCUGAGAAGGCAGUGGAGAUGUUCCAUCGCUAUGAUGUCAAUGGAAGGCUUCUGACUGUAAAUAAAGCAGCUCCUAGAGGCUCUCGUGUGGAAAGAGAAAGAUCUCCCAGACAAUUUGGGCCUUCUUUCAGGAUUUAUGUGGGCAACCUGCCAUGGCAAGUGGAUGACUCUAAAUUGGUGCAGUUGUUCAGCGAGCAUGGUAAAGUAGUUGACGCCCGAGUUGUCUAUGACCGAGAAACUGGGCGUUCCCGGGGAUUCGGUUUUGUAACUAUGGCAACACAGGAGGAAUUGGAUGAUGCUAUUGCUGCCCUUGACGGACAGAGCUUGGAUGGCCGUGCCCUGCGAGUGAAUGUUGCAGAGGAGCGACCGCAGCGAGGUUUCUAAUCAGGCUGUGUGUGGGUGGACAACAGGCUUGUUCCAUAGGAGCAUCGUAGCGUGGUCUGAUACAUGUAGACCCUCCGUUCUCUUUUCUUGUGUUGAUGGGCUUGCUACCAUCCCGUCUUAUUGUGAAGAGGGAAGUCUUCUGCUAUUUUGUUAACUAUUGGUUGUGUUCACGAGUUCAUGUCUUGUAGGCUACUGUUGUGGUGCACCUAGCUUAAUUUGUCGAUGCAAUUCGAAAUUUUGUCUGACAUCUGUUCAAGGAAAACAAGUGUGUAUGUGCAUGUUUGCUCUA